AUGUCUUACGCCCGCUGGCUGGGCAAGCUGCAAGCCCGUUGCAGGAUUCGCAGCUGCCUCCUGCGGCAAUGCCUGGCCGAGUUUCUGGGCGUUUUUCUUUUAAUUGUCAUCACCCUCAGCGCAGCGGCCCAAAGUGUCACCAGCGAAGGGACCAAAGGCAACUAUCUAAGCUCCUCCUUAGCCAGCGGAGUGGCCGUCAUGGUGGCUGUCCACGUCUCGGGGGGCGUCUCAGGAGGACACCUGAACCCGGCCUUCUCGCUCUCCCUGUGCCUGCUGGCUCAGUUUCCCUGGUGGAAACUGCCUGUUUAUUUCCUCAUCCAAGUUUUGGGAGCGUUCACGGGGGCCGGCACGGUCUACAUCCUUUAUUAUGACGCCAUCCACAGCUACAGCAAUGGGACCCUGAGGGUGACGGGACCCCGGGAGACCGCCUCCAUCUUUGCCACCUACCCGGCCCCUUACCUGUCGACGCCAAACGGGUUUUUUGACCAGGUGCUGGGCACCGGGGUCCUGGUGCUGGGCAUCCUGGCCAUGAUUGACGGCCGGAACAAGCGCGUCCCGCCCGGAUUGGACCCGCUGGCCGUGGGUCUCCUGGUCUUCGCCCUCAGCGUAGCCAUGGGCGCCAACAGCGGCUGCGCCAUCAACCCAGCCCGGGAUCUGGGGCCACGGCUCUUCACCUACGUGGCCGGGUGGGGUCCCCAGGUGUUCAGUGCCGGAGACUGCUGGUGGUGGGUUCCAAUCGCGGCCCCCAUGUUGGGGGCCACGGUCGGGACGGUGAUCUAUCAAUUUGGCGUCGAGUUUCAUCACCCCGACGAUCCGACGGAGCGGGAAAAGUCGAUUCCAGAAAAACUGGACCUGGGCGGCGAGAAAGAGACGGAGCUGCCGGUCUACGUGGUGAAUAAAUAUGCCGAGUCAUGGAAAGGCGCCAGGCCGGAGUCCCACGGCGAAGCCCCCAAAUGA